ACGUUAUUGAAAAGAAGAAGAGCGGCAAGCGGUGCAGAGAGUCCAUGUCGGGACAUGAACCUUCAGAGUCCGAAGUAGCUCCUCUAGUGGGGCAGAUGAUGAAAGAUGUUGACCUCAACGAGUUUCGUAAGGGCUUCAUGGACUUCCUCUUAUUUCGCUGUACUUCGCAGCUUAAGAAUUACUUCAUUCGUUGGGGAAUGGAUGUGCUGCAGGAAAGCGAUGACCGGAAUAUUGCCAGACGAUUGUAUGACUAUGGAAGGUGGGCAUGGAAUCACUCUGGUGACCCCUACUGCCUUGGGUCUGAUCUACACCAGAUCGAUUUCGAUCUCAUUGGAUCGGAUGGUCAGCUUGUCCCUCUGCGAAUGUUAAUGUGGGAAGGAGAUAUGAUGCGCGACAUAUCUUUUUGUGCCGAGGUCAAGGAUAGAGAGACGGGAGUCCUGGUUGCUGAGGCCACUAAUAAACUGGUAGGCGGGGGUAGCAGCAGGAAGAGGGCGAUCGUUUGCGUUAAGUCGGAGCAGUGUAUGGAGCAAAGAUACAAGCCGCAUGGGAACAUCCCGAUGCAGCUGAAACAACUGUCUCUUUGGGGUGAUGAGGAGGAUGACCUGUAUGUUACGGACGAUGAUUUGUAUGAUCCUGGACUGUUCUCGGAGCUCACUCCCGAACAGUUCGAUUCGUUCGAAGAACUGCCGGGAUUCGCAAAUCGUAUACUCCAGUCGUUCCGAGUUUGAACGCUUGGUUCCCGUUGCCACUAAGCUGGGAUUAGUUUGCGUGCAAGCUUCUUGGAGCUUGGGAUCCGCUGAGUGUAUGGGUGAUGACUUUGAGCUUCAGUUGUCGUCGCUGAAGGAUGCCACAAAGUUGCGAUGCCAGCAGUUUAUGCGCGUUUUCAAGGGGACAAUUUGGGGGAAACUACCCGAGGACUUGGUCAUGCGAAUUGUUCGGUGUCUGCCGCAGAGAUAUAUAUUUCCUGGGAGGAAUCGACAUCUAGACUGGAACUAGCCAGAGCUGCCAGACACUGCGAAGGCAACAACCAGUAUAAGAAGAUAACGAUGCACCUGACAC